AUGCAGUGUCCCACAAUCAAUCCUCUUCCUGUUCACCAUGAGUGGUAUAAGCCUGGGGACCUCCUCAUUGGUGGCAUUUCUUCUCAGAUCAUCUUCUUUUUCCCUGAAGUGUCCUUCAAACAACACCCUUCUAAAGAUCUAGGCUUUGAACUUCCAAGUGUGGUGACAAAGUCCUAUCAGCAUGCCCUAACAUUGGCUUUUGCUGUCAGUGAGGUGAACAAGAACCCCAAUAUCUUGCCAAAUGUCACACUCGGGUUCCACAUCUAUGACAGCUACUAUGACACAAGGAUGACCUAUCGGACCACUCUGGAUCAGCUCUUCAAAUCGCAUAGGUUUACCCCCAACUACAAGUGUGACACCCAGAAAAACCUUAUUGCUUUGAUUGGGGGAAUGAGUUCUGAUAUCUCUUUCAGUAUGGCAGACAUCUUAACUCUCUACAAGAUUCCACAGCUCCACCCAUUUCUUCAAGGCAUUUCAUUUAACAACUCUGCUGGGGAAGCAGUGGCUUUUAAUAAUAAAGGGGAAUUGCUUGCUGGAUUUGAUAUAACAAAUAUGGUCAUAUUUCCAAACACCUCCUUCCUUCGAGUGAAAGUUGGACAGUUGGAUCCCAAUGCCUUUGAGGGAAAAGAAUUCAUAAUCAAUGAUGAUAUGAUUAUGUGGAGCAGAAGUUUUAACCAGGUCCUUCCCCUUUCUGUAUGCAGUGACUCCUGCCACCCUGGUUAUCAGAAGAAAAAGAAGGAAGGGGAGAAAUUUUGCUGCUAUGACUGUGCUCACUGCGCAGAAGGGAAGAUUUCAUACCAAAAGGACGUGGAUGAUUGUUUCAGAUGCCCACAAGGUUCAUAUCCAAGCAAGGAUCAAGACAGAUGCUUGCCCAGGAGUAUAAACUUUCUGUCUUACGAUGAACCUUUAGGGAUCAGUUUAGCGGUGGCUGCUGUUUUUUUAUCAGUGAUCACAGCUUUGGUGCUUAUCAUUUUUAUUAUAUGUAAAGAUACCCCCAUCGUCAAAGCCAACAACCAGGAUAUCACCUAUACCCUCCUCAUCUCCCUCCUGCUCUGCUUCCUCUGCUCUUUAUUGUUUCUCGGACAACCAAGGAAAGUGACCUGCUUGCUCCGUCAAUCUGCAUUUGGCAUCAUCUUCUCUGUAGCUGUUUCUUGUGUGUUGGCCAAAACCACCACUGUGGUUGUCGCUUUCAUGGCUUCCAAACCUGGGUCCAGCAUGAGGAAGUGGAUGGGAAAGAGACUGGCCAACUCCAUUAUCCUUUCCUGUACCCUUGUCCAGACAGGCAUUUGUGUGGUGUGGUUGGAAAUCUCUCCCCCAUUCCCAGACUUUGACAUGUCAUCACUAACCAAACAGAUUGUAGCAAAGUGCAAUGAAGGAUCUGACAUCAUGUUUUAUCUUGUUUUGGCAUAUAUGGGAUUGCUGUCUAUCAUUAGCUUUAGUGUGGCAUUUCUAGCGAGGAAGCUGCCAGAUAGUUUUAAUGAAGCAAAGCACAUUACUUUCAGUAUGUUGACAUUUUGUAGUGUUUGGUUGUCCUUUGUUCCAACCUACCUGAGCACCAAAGGGAAAUACAUGGUGGCUGUGGAGAUAUUCUCUAUCAUAGUCUCCAGUGGUGGGUUAUUGGGUUGUAUCUUUCUUCCCAAAUGCUAUAUUAUUUUGCUGAGGCCUGACCUGAACAGCAGGGAUCAGCUAAUAAAGAGAAAGCAUAAAUUACCCUACUAUAUGUAUUUCCAAUUGUCCUUUGAACAGCAUCCUUCUGAAGAUUUAGCCUUUGAUGGUUCAAGUGUGGUGACAAAGUCCUACCAGCAUGCCCUCGCAUUGGCAUUUGCUGUAAAAGAGGUCAACGAGAACCCCAACAUCUUGCCAAACGUCACACUUGGGUUCCACAUCUCUGACAGCUACUAUGAUGGCAGGAUGACCUACCAGACCAUCCUGGGCCUCCUUUUCAAAUCACAUAGAUUUACCCCCAACUACAAAUGUGACACCCAGGAAAACCUUGUAGCUGUCAUUGGGGGACUUAGUUCUGAUACCUCUUUCCGCAUGGCAGAUAUCUUGAGUCUCUACAAGAUUCCACAGUUGCAGCAAAUUCCAAAAUCUCAGCUGGAGGAGUCUGAUUUUAACACUAUCAACUUUAAUCUGGAAUUUUGGAUCUGA